UUAAUUAUUUUAAAAAAUAAAUAAAUUAAAUGUUAAAGUGACAAAUAUUUACCAAGAAAGUUAAAAAUGAGUCGCAACGUAAGAAGAAGACAACCAGGUCUAGAAUAUGGACUCUAUUUGCUGGGAAUGCAAGCUGUCAAUUAUGGUGUAGACAAAAUCCCACCUGUGACACUUCUGGCAAUCAUUGGCCAGGCGCUGUUAUACACAGGAUUGAUUCAAGUACCCUGGAACUCUGAAGAUGUCUGCAUAUCAGCUGUAAAAGUCCUGAAAUACAAAGACUGGCGGUCAUUUAUAAUCUCAAACUUUGAACACGGCUCGGACAUGCAUCUAUACUACAAUAUGGUCUCUUUGAUAUUCAAAGGAUCUUACCUAGAGCCAAUGUACUCGACAGCUAACUUCGGGAUACUCUUGGGAGUCCUGUCACUGGGCUGCAGCGGAAUGUACGUAUUUCUUUCAUGGCUGCUGAUGCAAAUCACCGCUGACUACUCGUAUUAUACAACUUGCGCUAUUGGAUUUUCGGCGGUACUCUUUGCGCUGAAAGUUAUUGUCGUCUGCGAGGAGCGAGAUCGCUUGCAUAACGUAGGUGGCUUCAGAGUUCCCAGCAAAUAUGCAGUGUGGGCCGAACUGGUGCUGAUACACGUCCUGGUGCCCAAUGCUUCCUUCGUCGGUCAUCUUGGCGGAAUUCUUGUCGGCUGUAUUUAUUGUUACUCAUUCGUCGGAGCGAUUAUUGACAGUAAAAUCAAUAUGAUCACCGGAAAGCCUAUUAUUCACGAGGAGGCCUUCUACAGGAGACGCUCUUCGCUGUUUUUUUGAAACGACUGAUUUUCGAACAAGUUUUGAUACUUAAAUACUUUUUUAAGGCUGUUAAAAAAUUUUUAAUAUAUAAAAAUGUAUAUUGUAUUUAAAUAUUUACAUACUCCAUUAUUUUUUAAAUUACUUUGGUUAUUUAUGAUUAUUUAUAAUACUUCCAAUAAUUCUUAGACUUUUUUGUGUGAGAUAAAAAGUU